UUGACCUUUUUACAAGACCAACAUAUAUGAUAAUACGUAGCAUCAGCACAAUCACAUCUCCAGCAUUUAGGUUGUAGGUUCGGAUACAUAUAAGCCAAUUUUUUAGAAUCUAAAUGCCAUUUUUAAAACAUCUUGUAGAAAUUCUCCCUCAGAUUUUGGGCUUGCGUAAAUUUUACAUUUCUUACCCAGGGUUGUUUUCUUAAAACCAGAAAUAUACAACUGGUUUCAAACACCCAUGGCUUAUCAGUCCAUUUUGUCAUUAAAUGGAAUACUUCAUAUGACAAAGUAUUAAUUCAAAAUGAAGAUAAUUUUAGAUAAAUUGUAUAUUAAUAAAUUUUAGAUAAAUUUCAAAUUACUCUGAUUUUAUCAACUUUUUUUUUCUAAUACUAGGUAUUCUGAAGAGGCUAUUUUCAAAUAGUUUACCAGUGUUUUUAUUUUUAUGAAAAUGGGACCAACUUUCCGGGGUUUCCAGUAUUAGCACUUCUUGAUGAAAUAAAGCUUGCUAAUAGUAUCUCCAUAUAAUUUUACUGGUUUGAGAUUAUAGCACAGCAGAUAUAGAACCAAAUCCUUCACCACUCAGUCUUCAUACACAUUCAGUGUAACAUUCCAGAAAGAAUGGUAGCUGGAUAAAUUGCAUCAAACUGUAUUGUUGGUUUUUUCUCCCAGUUACAAUAUGGCCUAUGAAUAAUUAUAAGUGAGAUGAAUACUAUUUAUCAGCUUCAACUAUUAGGCCAUUUAUGGGAAGGUAUUUUCUAAAAUAAUCCACAAAGGCCUGCACAGUCUAAGUCCAGGUUAUUUAAAAGAGGUAUCUUUGGGAUACCUCCUUGGUUGACUGUCACAUUCAGUGUCUCACUAAAGUUAAUUAAGUGUCUUUUAAAUUAAUAAGUAAAAAAAGGACUGCUGUGUUCCAAAAUAAAACAUUAUUCUUCCACACCAUCUUUAUUUACUUGAGCACUGUUGAACUACAUCAAGACUCUGUAAGUAUUAUUGUAGAUAAAAAAAAUAUAAUGAUGGAUAAGAACAUUCCAGGAAGAAACUGUUCCUCUUUCUAAUUCAUCAGGAAACAAUUAGCUUAAAUUACUUUCUGCUUUUUCUUCUGGACAAUGUGUUGGAAUACUCAGUUUGAGAUUGCCCACCAUCAUAUUUAUCUUGUGAACAGGAACCUCUGCUAUAUUUUGCAGAUGUUGUGAGGUUGUCUGUCAGCCCAAUUGGAUAUUGAUGAUUUCUGUUUUUUUUCCCUUAAAACACUCACCUUCUAGGGUUGUACAAAAGUUUGACUCCAAGGUCUAAAUCAAAACAAAUAGAUUGAAUUCAUGCUGAAUCAUUACAUCAGAUGCCCCAAUCAAAUCUGAGACAAAUUGAAACAACAAUCAGAAUUAAUAAUUUGAAUCACAGCUGAAUUAGACCCUAUUUUUCCCAUUCUGCAUAAAAAUGGUUUUCCUUUAAUAACCCGUUAUUUUCUCUAGAUGAACGAAAAUGAAUGCAAAGAACCACCAAUGUACUGGACAAUCCAUGGAUUCUGGCCUGAUAAAGCUGCAGAAUGUAAUAGAAGUUGGCACUUCAAUAUAUCUGAACUUAAGGAUUUUAUGGAAGACAUGAACGAAUAUUGGCCAGAUAUACUACAUACGAACCAUACUUAUUUAUGGAGACAUGAAUGGGAAAAACAUGGGACAUGUGCAGCUGAGAUAGAGGCUCUUAACUCACAAAUGUAUUUUCAGAAGACACUGGAACUCUAUAGAAAAAUUGACCUUAACAGUGUUCUCUCGAAAGUUGGGAUAAUGCCAGGCUCUACUUACUAUCAGCUGACAGUCAUCAAAGAAGCUCUUGAAAAUUUUUACAAUAUAAUGCCAAAGAUUCAGUGUAUUCCUCCUGAAGAGGGACGGCUACAAGUAAUAGGCCAGAUUAAAUUCUGCUUUACCAAGGAGUUUACUCUGAGAAAUUGUACAGAGGAACAAUCUGGUUUAUCUUCUGCACUUGAAGACAACUUUUACAGAUCAGAGGAUCUGUCAGUUUGUAAUGAUACUCUGACUUAUUACCCUUCACAUAUGAAAACCUACAAACAUUUUGUUGCAAAUGUUGUUGUAAUUUAGGAAAGUUGAACUUUUUAAAAUUCUGGUGGGGAACAAUUAUGCAUUAGAUUUAUAUAGCAGGGCAUCUGUGAAGCUAGUAUUAAGAACUUUCUUUGUGUUUUGAUUGAUGACUGUGAUGACUGCUUGUUUCGCUAAAAUUGCUGUCCAUAGUAUAUGAUGUAUUCUUUCUUCAAUAAAAUUGGCUUAUUUUUCACUUUU